CCUCACUAACCAUUAUAUAUACUCUUAACCACAUUUUUGUACGACACAAUUAUCAUCAUAAUCUACUCUCAUUAUAUAUACUACCUAAGAUAUAUAAUUACAAGAAAAUUGAAAGAGUAAGAAAAUAAAAACAAUAAUAAGCUAGCAUGGGAAGAGCACCUUGUUGUGACAAGGCUAACGUCAAGAAAGGACCUUGGUCACCUGAAGAAGAUGCAACACUCAAAUCCUAUAUUGAGCAAAAGGGUACCGGUGGUAAUUGGAUCGCGUUGCCUCAGAAAAUUGGUCUUAAGAGAUGUGGGAAGAGUUGCAGACUUCGUUGGCUGAAUUAUCUUAGACCAAAUAUUAAGCAUGGAGGUUUCACUGAAGAGGAAGAAAACAUCAUCUGCAGCCUCUACCUGAAUAUUGGGAGCAGAUGGUCUAUAAUUGCUGCACAAUUACCUGGAAGGACAGACAAUGAUAUCAAGAAUUACUGGAACACGAGGUUGAAGAAGAAACUCAUGGCUAAGCAAAGGAAAGACCAGGCGGCUUGCCGUCUACUGGAACAGGAGAUAAAGAGAGAGAGCGAGACUUUCAUGGUUAAUCAAACCCUGAAUCAUAAUCAAAUUCAAGUACCUUAUUGGGCGGAGCAGCAUACAUCCAUGCCCAUGACAACUAUGCACCCAAGUCUGGUUCAUCAUCAUCAUCAUCCUCAUCUCGGAAAUCAAGAUCAGUUCACAAGAUUACUGACGAAGAUUGAAGGACACUUAUAUGAUGAUCCUCAACUCAGCAAUUACCAGUAUCCUACACAACAACAACAACAACAAGAACAUCUUUAUGUUCAAGCAUCAUCUUCUGAAGUAGCUAUUAAUACCACGACGAUGACAACGAAUGUGAAUUAUACACAAUGGCUAAACACAGAAUAUGAUGGGAGCAUGAAUUUACCUUCUUCUGAUGAGUUUGAAGUGUACUUGAGUAAUAAUAAUGAUAAUCAGCUAGGACGAUUUGAUGGAAACGAGAGCUGCUCCGGCGGUGGUGGUGUUGAUAUAGGCAACAACAGUAGCACCACCAGUAAUUCCGCAGGUAGUAGCAGCUGGGAAGAUAUGAGCUCACUGGUGAACACGAACACACCUGCAUCUAGUUUUGACACUUAUCAGAACAGAUCAAUGGCGGAUCCAGGAUUUUGGAACGGGGUAAAAACUUAAUGAAAAUGGUCAUGAACCCCCAUAUAUGGUCCAGAAUUCCAGUUUUAUUAGGUUAGUAAUAAUAAGAUCGAGUAGAGCACACUAUGGUGUAAAUUUGUACCCUGUGUCUGAAUGAUUUAUGUAUAAGGAUUAUGGUAAAUUUAAUUGAUAUAUCAUAUGUGUGUUUUUUUUUUUAUAUUUUUGUAUCCCAUAUAAGCUUGCAUUUUCAUCUUUUUCUAGCUAAAUUCUCUAGCUAGCAUUUGUUAUUAUGAUAAGUUCUCAAAGUUAGGAUUUCAUCAGAAACUUUUAUGAACAUGUCUCAUGAAAUGAUCGAUGAAAUAAAUAACAUACUGUACGUAUAA